CCCAACACCACAGCAACCCCGGCUUCCCUUUUCCUGAUUAUUUCCGGAAACAUUCGUCGCCACAACAAGUGCCAAAGUUGGUUGAAAACUGUCCCACAUUUUCACGGAGACAGUACCGUCGAAGUUGGCCAACGUACAAGCUACGCGAAAGGCCACUUUUCCGCCGACGUCAAUCCUGACCCAUAUGAGGGGGCCGAUCUUUGAACCUUUCGCUCGGCCAGAGGACGGCGCAAAAGCGCAAACGCGAUCCGUAUAAACAUCGAAGCCCCGAAAUACGAGUAUACACUACGGGUUCGUUUGGUAUUUGAUCAUUUCCGCCGCUCUUUGCUUGUUCAGUCCCCACCCGAGAUACGGACGGUCGCCGGCGUGCAUUCGCUGGUAUUUUGUGUAUUGCGUUUUCGGUCGGUUGAUCUUUGGCAGCAGCAGCUUUCACGCAACGCGAUUCGUCGGUCGGUCGGUGGACCGAAAAUUUUUACUUUUGGCGCUUUUAUUUGCCUUGCAAUGUGUUCGGCCAACACGCCGAAACGCAGGCGAAGGCAACGUUUUUAACUCUCUUUUUUCGGAUUUUUUUAGUCGUAAAACAUCGUGUUCGGUAUUUUUGUUCCUUAUUAUAUACGCCGCAGUUUGCCGCUGCGCCGCCGCUACACGGACGGCGUGUCCUCUGUCCUGGCCGAGAGCUGCCAGUUGAGUUUGGUUUUUGAACGCAACGAGAACGUUUUCAUCCGCAACACUUGGGGCUUGCAGACUCCGCCAAGCACCAAUCAAUCACUGGCGCAGCACGAUCGACGUGGAACGCAAUCAUUGGCGCCGGCGCGAGCUUGUUUUGAUUCGCACGAGUGCGUGGGGGAUACCUGCUUUUUAAUUGCCCUCGCCGUUGUUGUUGGGUGGUGUGGUGGUGGUUAGUGGUGCCGGUUCCAACAUUAUCAUCGCGGUUCGCGGUGUCAUCAGUUCGGUCCCAGCAGCCCUACCUCGCGCAGGCAUGUACUGGUCCUACCGGCGGCGCGUUCUCAAAAGGUGAUUACGACAAGAGAUAAGAAAGAAUUUGCGAUUGGUUUGUCACUGCUUCCGGGAACAAUCGGAGUCGCCUUUUUAGUUUCACCGCCAGCUAUCGACAUCUCCAUGACAACGCAUUACCCGCGAUAGCUGGGCUCGCGAGUGCGCGUUUGUGUGCGUGUUCAGCGCGGUCCGCGGUUGCAACAAGUUUUCGCCCGGAGUGACAGAUGCUCGCGGUUCGCGCUGGUGAAUCAUACGGAUUUUAUUGUUGGCCCGCGGCGAGUGCACUCCGAGAAUAGCGGACGUUGCUGGCGAUCUGGCGGUACCGUGAAUCAGUGCUUUGUGUUGGACACGAAAGAAGGAAACCCAUCCGAGACGAGGACCUCUGCAGGAGUGGCGCGUGUGGCCGCGUGUAUUGAAGAGCUUAUUUUGCUGCUAGUAAGCCUGGCGAAAACGUGUCCAUCGUAGCUUCCUUCGGACGGCGAAGCCAGCGUGCUGCUCCCGUGGCGCUUAUCUCUCCUCACAACCGAGAAGCGCUGCGUGCUGCGUGUCGGCCGCUAAAUUGCUUACGCUACGCACUUUUUGGUUCCGUUAAAGGGUUGUGCGCUUGUGUGUUUUGCGUGUGUAGUUGUGUGUGCGAGUGGUUUUGUUCCCAUAUCGCCCACCGUACCGUGUGAAUCCUUAAUUUCCCUUUCGCAAGGGCAAGUCGUUCGGGGGGCUGCGAUCCUUGCCAAGACAAAGGGAUCCUCGUAGCCUACUGUAGACUCUCUACUGCUCUUGCGCUCGCUCUCUCCCUGUCUCUCUUUCUCAUCGCCUGUCGGGUGUGUUGCAAGCUCCAAAUCUCCAAAGACACAAAAACCAAAGCAAACAUGGUACGAUUCGAUCUCGACCGGCUCAUUACCGAUCUCUUCAAGACCACGGUCCUGCCCGGGAUGGCCGUGGUGCUCUGGUUGACCGAUCUGAUCGGGCUGCUCACAUGCAAGAUCGCGCUGCUAGUAUUCGUGGUCGUGUUCGUCGUGAUGCCGAUCAUCUUCAAGUUUUCGUACGCGAUGCAAAAAAGCAUACUGUUCCUUACUUUCAUAACGUACCCACCGAACCUGGAUCUGAAGCGGCCCGAAAAGAGUGGAUUGUACGCGACCAGGAACUUUUACAUCAACUACCGUGACCAGGAGGAAGAUAUCGAUGUCGAUAUCGCGGUCUGGCACGUGCUGCCGAACGAUCUGGUUCGUCGCUACGCCAAGGAGCUUCACGUUGACGAGGACACCAUCGUCAAUGGAACGGUGGUAAUUGCGCAAGAUGACAACAGCAGCAGCAGCAACAGCAUCCAACAGGGUGGAAGCAUCCCUUUGGCGACACCGGCCACAACUGACGACGAUCGGUAUCGUCCGAUCGAGCGCGUCCUACGCUCGGAAGGGUUCGAUCCGCACGACGAGCGCCACCAGAAGGCCCUGUUCGAGGAGAGCCUACGGGCGACGACGAACGAUGUGGUGCUGUACCUUCACGGUAACACGGCUUCCCGUGGGGCCACGCACCGUGUCGAGCUGUACAAAAUGUUGCGUGCCUACAACUAUCACGUCGUGGCGAUGGACUAUCGGGGCUACGCAGAUUCGGCCAACCUGUCACCGACGGAACGGGGCGUCGUGUACGAUGCGCUGGCCGUCUAUCAGUACAUCACGAGCAUCACGAAGAAUCCGGUCUAUCUGUGGGGCCACUCGCUGGGCACGGGUGUUUCGACCCACCUGCUGUCACUGCUAACCGAGAUGAGCCUCCCAGGACCGCGGGCGGUGGUUCUGGAGAGCCCGUUCAACAACAUCCGGGAGGAGAUCUGUGCCCAUCCGUUCUCGAAGUUGUAUCGUCACCUGCCGUGGUUUGAUUACACCGUCUCGGUCCCGAUGUACAACAAUAUGCUGCGCUUCGAGUCCGACCAGCACAUCGCGGAGUUCCGGCAGCCGGUGUUGAUCCUGCACGCCGAGGACGAUCUAGUAGUGCCAUUCGCCUUAGGCUAUAAGCUCUAUCGGAAAGCGCUCGAUACGCGCGGCAAAUCCUGGGGACCGAUCGAGUUUCAUCGUUUCGAAAAGUCCAGCCACUACGGUCACAAGCACAUCUGUCGGGCACCGAAUCUGCCCGAGAUUGUGGUGCGCUUUUUCCAUGCCUAUCGCGACGAGCAGUACUAAAUGCCAAAGGAAUUGAACGAAAGUAAAAUGUGACAAUAUGCACUCUCUAUUAUUGCCGUGCGGAUGAUGGAGAAGAAGGAUAUUCCCUUUCUUUAGCACUGAGUGCAGUACGAGGAAAACAACCAAUCAGUGCAGUAAGUAAUAUCGAUAGUAACGUAGAGUACUGUGAUGAGUGCGGAGAAGGCGCAUCGUGCUUACUGAAUCGCUGGAUCACGAUCUUCGUGAUCGCACGAUCGCGUGUUGCUGAAUUGUGUGUCCGCCUGUUGGUGUGCGUGUUUGUUUGUGUUGACCAAAUACCCACGGUGCACCCAAGGCAUCCGUCAGAGACGUCCGUAUGCCGGUAGAUCAGCCGGUCCGGUGGUGGCGGCCGGCACAGUGCAGGUAUUAGUGUGUAACAAUGUUUUAGAUGAACUAUUGCUAGGACUAUGUCAUUCAAUAAAUAGUAGACCU